AUGAGUGGUAGCACCAAGCCACGUAGUGUACACUCAUCUGCAUCUGGACGAAUUGUGACGGAAAACCCGGCUCUGCUUCAGUUGUUACGGGAGCGGACUGGGGAUAGUAGUAUUGGUACAACCACUAGACCCGCGGCAGGUGGUACCAGGUGUGUAAUAACAAACUCAAGUUGCUUGGACAAUUCUAGUAACUUACCUGAUAACCCAGCUUCUACUAAUCCUGUUUCUACGCAACUCGAUAGUGCUGUCACUGUGCAGAACAAUGGGACCCAUGGCAGGGACCCACAUGUAGUUGAUUCUCAUAGAAUAGCUGAUGGUGACGGAGAGAAAAAAUUAAAUGAGGUUAACAAAGAUGAACUUAAAAGUAGAAAUUCUGUAGCUGAGCUUGAUGCAACCUGUGAUCAACCUGCUGUGACAAGUUUUCCAGAGCUAAAUAUAUCUCUAGUAGAAAACGAAAGUCGGGCUCAUGUAAUUCCCGAACUGAAUCUACAGAAGGAAAAGGAGAGAACAUCCGAUUCAUUGUUGUCACGGGUAGAUAGCUCGUUGUUGAACGAGGACUAUUCACAAGAACUUGUAACACCUGCACGUAUUCGUAGCUCUGUAAUAGUGACAGACACCCUGCAUGACAAGUGCUUGCAUGAUGUAGAUGUGCAUGUUCCCUCUAACCUUAACCCUUCCCCUGCUUCUGUCCAAACGCAUAGAGUAGAAAGUGUGAAAGGUACUGAAACAUUGCAUGCUGUUGAGGUAACCACUGGUGCUGGGUAUACAGUCAGAUCUGACACAAAAACUAAUCUCUUCAAUUAUAUUUCUCCACACAGUCCAGACCACGGGGUCACACCGGGAGGUCAUAACCCUGCUUUGACACAGAGGUCAGAGGGUCAAGAACAACCGUCAACCAGAAGAUCUGAUGUUAAGGACAGCUUAGAGGCAUCCCAAUAUAUACAGGACAGUCUUGACAUUGAGCAGUCUCAAAACUUAAAAGACAGUUUAGAUUCCAACUCCGGGCAGAAUUCACCAAUCACAGGGCGGAAAACUUACGAAGUAGAAUCUCCAAAAUCAAACAAAGUACCCAAUAUAAAUUCAGCAUCUGUUCAUUCUAGACUUAAAGACAACCCAAACGCACAAAGUCUUGUGCGUCCAGACUCGGAACUUUCACGUGGAGUACCUACACCGAAACCUAGCUCUGGGGUACCAGAUUCUGCCAAAAGUAGAAUUCCCCAGACCACUGCUAGGACUGAAGAACCAACCACCAGACGUAGUACGAGUAGUGUAUACGCAGUUGCUAAUCCUGCCAUUCUCGCUGCACAAGGAGACACCCCACGGGAGGGAACACAAAACGCAAAGUUUACACCUCGUGCAGAGCAAGCAGUUCAACAUCGUGAAAACACACGCGGCAGUGCUAAACCACAAUCUAUAAUCGAACAGAAGAAAACUCAGAGUGAUAAUCCAAAACCGUUUACGAAACGCGAGGAUACUGAGCAUCGUGUUAAACCUUCCUCUGUGAGUGGACGCGAGGAUACUGAGCAUAGUGUUAAACCUUCCUCUGUGAGAGGACGCGAGGAUACUCAUGUUAGUUUAAAACCUGCCUCAGGUAGAGGACGUGAAGAUAUUACUAAUAGUGUUAGGACUCCAGCUAGUGGUCGAAACUCCUCUAAACCCCAGUCAAGGGCACGUGUGGAUUCAGUCCACAACAACGCCAAAGUAAACUCAGCCACUUCUGGACGUAAAAGUGGCCGCAGUGUAGUUUCUUUUCAUCCAGAACCCCAAAAUAAAAGCGAUAAUAGCGAUAGUGACGAGGAACAGACUCGUGCUCAGAGUAACUACUUGAAGGAACGUGUUCCAACACCCCAUCCUCGCUCACCUUUAAAGCCUGACCAAGUAACUACCCAUCGUGACACUUCUCCUCCAAUUAAAGAGUGGGAUUCUGACGAUCAGUCUGACACCGAGACACCUAAACCGGCUUCAAUAUUACCACAGCGUCACGAGCACUCCCCAUCACCAGUCAUUCAGGAACAUAAGAGCGCCAACGCUGCAAAUACGACGUUACCAACAGUGAAACGUGUGUAUGUUGAUUCACCAACAUUUACCCAAGAAGAGGAAGAUCAGUAUCGAUUUGUGGAAAGUCGUCUGGAUGACGGACACGAUGAUCUAGAGGAAACAUUUAGAAAAUUGGAUAUCGACGAUAAAAAGAAAAGUGAAUUCAUGGCAGCGACAACACAAGCUCCACCUGUUCAGGGUGGUCAUCCAGGGUAUGCAAGAGAUACUUAUGGAGGAGAUGCAUAUAAUAGUCAAUACAGCCGCCCCCCUCCAGAGCCCCAAUAUAGGGAAGAUUACAAACCUUAUGUAAGGAAAGAGAGUGGAGAUCAGAGGGCUCCACAAGGGGGUCAAUAUAGUAGAAAAGACAGUGAUGGUCCUGGGGCUCCAGUAUCUGACCAAUACAGUCGCAACAAUAAUCAAGGUCAAAGAGCACAAGGUCAUGAUCCUCAGUAUAGUCAACAGGCCCACAAUAGGGGCUACUCUCGGGUUGUACAAGGAGGGGGAGACAACCAGGGUGGCCCUAGGGAUCCUCCACCGGUCAUGCGCGAUGCAAGACAGGAAAACAGAUACGAAGACAGAAACAAAGUCAUGAUCCAGAACAAUACAGGUCAAGGUCAAAAUGAUCGAUAUGAAGACAGGAACACAGGAUAUAAUCGUUACGAGGACAGAAAUGAACAGCCUCAGUAUGAUGACAGAAAUCGAGAUGAAAGGUACGAUAGUCGUAAUAAGUACAAUAGUUACAAUAAUCGUGGUGAUAGGGGUCAGGAGGAUAGAAAUGACCCUCCACAGUACCGUGAUAGUCGACAGGAACCUGCUCAUUUUGAUGAUCGUAACAGAUACAAUGACAGAAACCCAUAUGAUGACCAACAAAACAGGGGCAGAAAUGAGCCUGAACAGUACAAUGACCGUAACGAUAACUACAGACAGCCACGCUCUCUAAUACAGAAUGGCUACGAACAGGAGGAGGAGGAGGAUCAACUGAUGAAACAAGAAGCCGAAUACCAGGCACACCUUCAGAGGCGACUCAGAACACAGGCUCAGCAAGACGAGGAAUUUGUCAUACCCAAACUGCCUCUGGAGGACUCGUUAGAAGAUCCCUGGCAGAACCCGCCUCCUCCACCACCACAACAGGCUUACCAUGAACAAAAUGUUCCCUAUGGUUAUGAUGAGAAAGAAACAGAGAGAAUGGAACUCGUUAAUCCGCCACCUCUGAAAUAUGACUUUGUAGAAAACAAUAAGGUGGAUUACGGUAAAGUUCCAGAAAAAUCGUAUGCUUAUUUAUUGGAAAGGAAAAAGGAAGGUGAGAGUAAAUUAGACUCUGUGUUUGUAUCACCAAAACCUCGAAUUAAAAAAACAACGCGUAAUGUAACCUCUAACAAAGGUCAUCCAGAUUCCCCGCCGGAGGAGUACAUUCCAAGUGAGAAUGCAUCCAUGGCUGAGGCUCUCUGGGCAAAACGCUCCGUAGCUCUUGAAAAAAGGAAAGACGCAAAACAAACCACCAAGUCUAAAACAGCUUCAGGAACAAGUCUUAGGAAAAACAGGGGUCUGCAAAAGUACCCUAGUGAAAAUGGACUCAUUCGUCAACCUCUAUAUAGUCAAGGGCAAAACCAAGGGAGACAACCUGCUCAUAUGUAUGGUACUCCCACUAGAAACCACUAUUUGGAACCGCUAGAUAACAAGCCACCGAGAACGAAGCCUAGUGAUCGUAUGGAAGGGCAUGCUAUGCCACCACAAACAUUUAAAGCUUUAGACCUAAAGCCUGUCACACAGGAAAUAGUGACAGAAGAUGGGCAACGAAUUAGUGUGGAUAUAAAUCUCAAAGUUCUGAGUCCCCGGGGGGAAGGAGGUGACCCCCGGAGCAUUCCACAAGUAUCAGCAGAGGUGCUGCAUGGUUCUCAAGCUACAGGUGGAGCCCGUCCUGUAGGAACACAGUAUUACCCAGGCGCAUAUGAUGGACAGUAUCCUGACCAGGAGCAAUACAGACAGCAGUAUUACCAACCUCCUCCAGGACCCCCACCUGGCCUCCCUUCUGGACCCCCACCUGGACUUCCACCCCCAGAGCAGUACAAUUUUGACUACAGCCAGGCCCCAGACCAAGAAAGCCAGUUACCACCUCAGACAAACCAGAAUUAUGAGCCCCAGUACCAACCCCAGGGGUCUCCCCCCUACCAACAGAAACCCCAGCAAACACAACAACCUCAACAGGCUUAUCAAACACAGCCACCCCCACCUCCGGAGCCUCCUGUCCCACAUAACCAGAGUUCUUCUUACCAGCGCUAUCCAUCCUACGACCAACAGUCACAUCCCUUGUACGAACCACAGCAGCAAGGUUAUGACAAACAACCAUCAUAUGAGACAGAGUUAAAGAAUCGUUCUCCGAACCCAUAUCCUAAAAUUCCACCGAUAUCCGCAGGGACAGACGACCGUUUCCAGGCCAGUCCUAUCCGUGUAGAACUUCAGGGGUACGCAGCAAUUCAUCAGAAGAAUCUACAGAAAGAUCCCAAUGAACCACCAUGGUACCAGGUGUAUACACUCAGUGACUACAAAAGACUGAAAAAGGAGUUUGAAGUUAACCGAGCGCCUCUAGGUCCAGACUGGGAAAAUGAAACGCUAAAAGAGAAGCACGAAAAAAAAUUUAAACAGAAUGAAUAUGCACGAUUGGUGAUGGAGCGGAACCGACAGGAGUUGCUUGAUCGUAAACCUGCCCAACGGCGCCAGCCUUCAGUUGAUCAACGGGAGGAAAACAAACGGCGUGCAGCUCUAGAGUAUGCCAAAAAUGUUCCGAAACCAGUGGUAAAAGCUAAACCCUCUCAGUACAAUUCAUAUGAAGUCUCGUCUCAAUUGUCUCCAUUGAAUAAGAAAGAAACCCAGUCGCCUGUGAGGACUCAAAAACCAGUCGAAGUUGUGGAUCUCAAGAAACUACAGCGACGUCAUGAGGAGGAAAAACAAAAUGUAGCAAUGAUUCAACAAAAUAUUCCACAGAAGGUGUGACACUCGGGAAGAUAAAAAAUUUCUGUGAAGUAUGACUCUUUAUUAAGGCAUUUUCUGUGAUGUAAGCAGUUAGAGUUACAAGUUUCUGUGACGUUGUAACUGUACGUCACCAAGUUCAUUUGCUGUACACAUUUAUUAGAUCUACCAGGCAUUUGAGAACAAUCAGCCCUGUGAUUAUAUAUGUCUAAUGAAUUAUCUGUUAAAAAGUGGUGUUUUUUUAAUCCUUUAUGAAUUCGUCCUAUUUUUAAUAAAUAAAAUGAUGAUUUUGAAAGCAUCGCAAAAAGGUUGUGUACAUAAAUAUGAAAAGCGCUAAACCUUGUUACCUUGAAUAUGCGUUACGUAUCUGAUAGAAUUGUCGCAUAGCUGGCGCUGAUAAAAUUUUCUGAUAAGUAUUCGUACUUAUAGCCAUAAACACGAAAAUGUUCUAUGUUUGGUAAGUGUUAUUAAUCUUAGUCGUGAUGUCUUGUUUGUGUAAAAAUUAUUUUAAUUGCAUUUUAUUUAGUGAAGUGUUAUAGUUUACCACGACAGGAAUCUGCUUCAGAGCUGACCGUAUGUAGUCAUUGAAAUUGUUAAAGACAAUAUCGUUUUAUGAUAUUGAUUACAGAGCUUGAGUCCACAUGUGUUAUGUUUUAGAAUAUCUAGAGCAGUGUUGAUUUGGAAUUUCUAGAUUAACACAAUUUAGGGUACAUUUAUGAGAAGUCAAAAUAUAGCCCUGAAAAUGUCAUUUUACAAUACUCGGAGUUAAAAAAAAUAUCUGGAAAGAAACAAUUUUGUAAAAUAAAAAGAUGAUUUGUAAAUUUGUACCUAAGUAUGUGUUCAUGCAUGCAAUCAUAUAGGUUUCCUUCUAAUAAAUCAGACAUUUCACCAUGAAAUAUUUACAAAGUCAUGUUGAUAUUCUUAAGAUCUGUGGUUUUAUCUAUAUUGGUACCAACUUUACCAGUCAGAGAUCAGAGUUGUUUAAAAUUGUAAUGGCUUUUGUGAAAGAUCAAAGUUGUGAUACUUACAAUUAAGUAAACAAUUAAGAAACAAACAGUAUUCAAAUAUUAAAACAAAAUCUGCUUAAAUCAAAAUUACUUUGAAAUAAAUGAUUAUAAAGCAAGACAAUCAAUGUUUUUCCAAAAUAGUAAGAAAUCGAGGAAAAAAUAGAAGUGUGCAUGUAUAAUUGAGUUUGUGGGAAACUAACUUGAUGAAUCAGAAAAGAAAUAUUUCAAGUGCAUCAAACUUCACGAAAAUCCAACUUUCGUGGUUGAAAUAUAGCACGUUUUGAUAACUAAUUGAUUUUCUGUAACUUAAUUAAGAGUAAAGAGUUUGUUAUAGGAUAUGUAAGGAUCAAACAUCAAUCAGUUUUCACUGAGACAAUAGGUAAUAGUUUAAUCUGUUAUUCAAUUAUUUUUUAUAGAUUUAUCUUUGUAUUAGUUAGUGCCAAAUUUAUCGUAGUGAUGUUCAUGAAAUAUAAAUAUAGGACCUGCGUGUAAGCCUCAUUUAAUAAUAGUAUGACACGGCUAUGCAAACUGUUUACUUACAAUGAGAUAUAAUUGUGUUACAUUUGUUCAGUUGUAUUUUCUUUUUUAGAAGAUGGCCCCCUAGAUGUCAUCUCAUAAGUCUUUUUUCUGUUCAGUUAGUUUGGUCUCCUGUGUUGUAACAUUACAUACAUAAUUUGUAACCAACUUUCAUUUUUAUAUUACAAUCAUGUUGAAAAGGCCAGACUUCUUAACUUACUAUGUAAUAUAUACUGUGACGCACUUGUGAUGCAACAGAACUGAUAUAUAUAGGUGGAUAAAGCAAGUGUGUCUCAUCAAGGGAGGUAACUCAACGUAAAACUUUUUUUUUGUUGAAAAUUGUACAUAAAUAUAUUAUUUCUGCAUUAAUGUCUGUGAUACUUAAUUGUGUAUAUGUAUAUAAUUUAUAAUUUUAAUCAGAUGCAGGUAUAUGGUGUAUUUCAUGUAGAACAUAUCACAUAAUCCAAUGCACGGGGAUAUAUUUUCAAAUGUUUU